AUGUUGCCUUAUGUAGAUCAGAUAUUUGAGCUGCCAGCUCGGCUCACGGGUGCAUCCAUUGACGAACUGAAGCUGAUCGGAUCGUUCCUCCUCUCAUAUCCCCUCGCCGCCCUCCUCAAACGAAUUCCCGAUGGACAACCCUGGAAAAAGAAUGUUUUCAUCGUCGGCGUCUCGUUGUUCUAUGUUGUCGGACUCUUCGACCUCUGGGAUGGUCUCCGUACGCUUAUAUACAGUGCCGCUGGCAUUUAUGCCAUCGCCUACUAUGUGGAUGGCUCCCUGAUGCCGUGGAUUGGGUUCCUUUUCCUCAUGAGCCACAUGUCGGUCAACCACAUUGAACGACAAAUGGCGGACGACAGCUCGGCCGUCGACAUUACCGGAGCCCAGAUGGUGCUCGUUAUGAAACUCACCUCGUUCUGUUGGAAUAUUCACGACGGUCGUCAGUCCAAGGACGGACUAACGGACCCGCAAAAGUACUCUGCCAUCACACAGUUCCCGGGCAUUGUCGAUUACAUGGGCUACGUCAUGUUCUUCCCUUCGCUCUUUGCCGGACCCUCGUUUGAAUAUGUGGACUACCGCCGUUGGAUCGACACCACGCUCUUCGACGUGCCUCCUGGCACCGACCCGUCUAAGGUGCCACCCACCCGGAAGAAGCGCAAGAUUCCUCGUAGCGGACGACCUGCUGCGAAGAAGGCUGUCGUUGGAUUGCUCUGGAUCCUCGCCUUCAUCAAACUGAACUCGUACUUCAACGCCGAGUUUGUGCUCUCCGACAAGUUCCUGCAGUUCUCUUUCCUGCGUCGCAUUUUUGUUGUGCACAUGCUUGCUUUCACCGCUCGCACAAAGUACUACGGUGUCUGGGCCCUGACUGAGGGUGCCUGUAUUCUCUCCGGCAUGGGAUACAACGGCUUCGAUCCGAAGACAGGGAAGGUCUUCUGGGACCGACUGGAGAACGUCGACCCGUGGGCCAUGGAGACGGCGCAGAACUCGCACGCCUACCUCGGUAACUGGAACAAGAACACCAACCACUGGUUGCGCAACUACAUCUACCUCCGCGUGACACCCAAGGGCAAGAAACCGGGUUUCCGCGCAAGCAUGGCUACCUUCGCCACCAGUGCCCUCUGGCACGGGUUCUACCCAGGCUACUACAUGACCUUUGUCCUGGGCUCAUUUAUCCAGACUGUAGCAAAGAAUUUCCGCCGCUACGUCCGCCCCUUCUUCCUGACACCCGACGGCACAAAACCCACCCCAAACAAGCGCUACUACGACAUCCUCAGCUGGCUAGCAACGCAACUAACUCUAAACUUCGCCGUCGCUCCCUUCAUAAUCCUCAACUUCCAAGACUCCGUAACCGUCUGGUCCCGCAUCUACUUCUACGGCAUCAUCAACUGCGCCGUCUCCCUCCUCGCCUUUGCCUCCUUCUCCCCACUCAGGAAAUACCUCAUUGCCCAGCUGAAAAGCCGCAGCAGGCCACAGGUGGGCCGCACUGCUAGCACGGAAUCUGUGCACCACCCGCCUGAUCUCGGUCUGCCGAAUGAUCCUGAGCGUGACUUUGAUGAAGUCGUUGCGGAGGUCAAGGCCGAGAUUGAGUCAAGGGCUAGACGGGGGAGUACGGUUAAGAUGCCUACUGGGGAGGAUUUGAAGGUUGCUGUUGAGCAGAAGAUUGGGCGGAAGUUGUAG